AUGGCGGACCAGCGAGGCCACAGCUCCAGGGCCUCCCGACGUGGCAUUCUCAAAAACAUGCCUGGGGCAGAAGCAGGAGGUGAGACACGCAGGAGAGCUGAGGUAGACCUGUCUGGCAGACACCUGGAACGGCUUCCCACCAGUCUCUUCUCCAGCCUCCAUCUGACCAGCAUUAACCUCUCCCACAACUUGCUCACUCCUACACCCUCCACCACAUACAGGAAGCGCCAGGCGGGACGAGGCAGAAGAAGAAGGGACCGUCGACGUCGCCAAGUUUAUCCUGAGUCCCGGGAGACGUCCACCAGCAGACCCCGACCUCCAGGUACCGGCGAUGACGGUCACCAACAGGCAGGGGCCAAACCCAAGCAAGUGGUGGAAGAUGAUGGCCUGAGUGGUGACUCUGGUGUGCCUACUGAUCCCGUCGAGGAGGACGCCCACAGGAGUGACCAAGACACUGAGGCAGGUGAUGCCAAGCACAUAAAAGGGGAAGAGUCACCGACGGGUAGUCAGGUAGUUUCAGGUGUUGACUCUGCCACACCCUCAGGAAACAAACCGAGUCCAGUAUUUGAGAGCAUCGCAGACGAGCUCCAAGCUAAACUCCGCCUACGAAGAGCAAAAAGUGAGGGACUUGCUGUUGAAGACGAAGGCACAGCUGCUGCACCCAGCACUAAGCCCGCCACAGCUGCAGUCCGCGGCACUAAACCCACCACAGCUGCAGCUGAUGUUAGUGUACCACACCCAACUGUGCACACCUUCACGCCUAAAGAGGGAGUGAAUUACACAGCAGAACACAAGACUAAGAGUGAAGACGGUGUGAGAGGUAGACAUGAAGAGAGCAGUUCGUCUGGUGUUGAGGAGAGUGAGAGUGGACUGGUGGAGCUGGACGUGUCCUACAACCAACUGGCAGGUGUGGGUGCGGGCGUGGGCGGCUUGCCAGCCCUCGCCGUGGGCGGCUUGCCAGCCCUCGCCCACCUGCGGGCAGCUCACAACCACAUCAUUGACGCCCCCGAACUGGCCACUAUGGAGGCCCUUAGGACCCUGGACGUGUGUGGCAAUAGGCUAAGCGCUGUACCGGGUCUGGGGGUGAUGACGGCGGGUGGAGAAGACCCGACAGGGAGAGCCGAGGUCCUGGCUCUCCAUCACAACCCCAGCAGGGAGGAGGAACAGGAGCAGGAGAACCAUCUACAGGAAAAUGAACCCCUUACGCUAAACCUCCGCCUGAACAGUCUAACUGGCCCUGUCACGCUCGCUAGCAUACAGAAUGUGACGGAACUGGACGUGAGCGACAAUGGCAUCAGCAGUCUGGACGUGUCGUGUUUGGCGGCCCUCACCUCUCUCAGAUGUUCCAACAACUCCAUCACCUCCAUCACACUUCACGCUGCUGCCCUCACCUCCCUCACCGCCAACAACAACCAUCUUACGAGGCUGGAAGUACGCUACCACCCACGCCGACUGACACGGCUCAACCUGGCUAGGAAUGAGUUGAGUGCUGUGCCACCGUGGUUGGUGUCUAGCACUGAAGUGACGCUUGUAGAUGUGAGUCACAAUCAGGUGACAUCCCUCCCUGCCUUCCUUACCUCGGGUCACCUACGUCGCCUACACACACUCUCUGCACACCACAACCAUCUUACUGUUUUUCCCAUACCACAGCGGGCCACCGUCGACCACCUCAAGGACUCCGGCUGUGCCUAUAACUCUCAUAAUCCUGCUAAAGUACCUGACAGGUUAACCCACCAUACCCACAAUUUGCAUGAGGAGCCACGACUGUGUUCACUUGAGGUUUUGUUCCUCCACCACAACAAACUGACAACUCUUCCCCUGAACCUUUUUUCAUGGCUCAACAGGUUGAGGGUGUUAAAUGUGAGUGCCAACCAGUUGAGUGUGUUGCCUGGUGCUGUGGAAGGUCGAGGUAGCCGAGGAGCACCGCACAUGUGUGGGGAUGAUGCUGCGAGCCCUAAAGUGACACUGUCCCUUCAGGAAUUAUAUGCUGCUGCCAACAAACUCAGGGAUCUGACACCCUUACAGCACUGCCGGGCUCUUCGUAUUCUGCAUGCUCCAUAUAACAGAAUCAACAGCCUUCAGGACAGAUUGGUGUGGUCAUGGGAGUUACUAGAGGAGCUGGUGUUGUCAGGAAACCAGCUGACAGCUGUGCCUGCUGGUGUGUCCCGUCUACGGCGUCUCAGGGUGCUCAAGGUCCACUCAAACCCACUGCAGAGCCUCCCUCGCCUUGCACACCUGUCGGCACUGAAGGUAGUGGAUGCGUCUCACUGCCAGUUGGGUCGUAUUGAGCUGGAAGAACUGGUAUCCCCUGGCUUGGUGGCUUUGGACAUCUCUGGCAACACUGCGCUUUCCCUUGACCACCACCAGUUUACCAAGUGCAAAUCAAGGAGACCAGUCAGUGUUGUCGAUGUAACCAGCCGGUCUGGUCGUUCCCUACCCUUGACAAGACCGCAGACCAACUCCCAGCUUAAUCAGCGGAGUGAUAUUAACCAUAGAGGCAGUGGCCACACCAAGGAUGCUUCCUCCGACUUGCCCUGGUCACUAGGUUUUGCUGAAGCUAUAGGGCGAGAUUCCAAGCUAACAAUUGGACAGCUACGUGUACCAGACGUGGGUGGCUUAGGGAGUGUAGGUGUGGCUGCUCUGGCUGAUGGUGGACAAGAGGUUGGUGUUGUUGGGAGUUUAUUGGCAUUACUUCCUACACUGCUACAGGAAGAAUGUGCUUGUUCCCACACUCAUACUUAUGCACUCAAGUAUGCCCUUUUGACAGCUCUCAGGCGUCUAAGGUCCCAGGGUGUCAGUCUUCCGGCUGCUGUGUGCGCUGCCCAUCUGGAGACUGAUGCCACCCAUCCCAGAAAUUGGCCUGUCCUCCGCUUGUGCUGUUAUGGUCCUGUUUCUGCCACUGUAACCACUACCCAUGGCCAGCCCAUUGUGCUCACAACAACUGCUUCAAGGACACCUCCUAGUGCUGUAGGUGAGUGUAGUGAAGGAAUGAGAUGUGUGUUGGCAGAGACUCCCACGCUCCCUGACCCCCAUACGACAGAGCUACACCUUGGACCUCACUUCACAGCUGUUGUUAUUGCCAGUGCCAGUUUGUGGGAGGUGUUAGGGCCAAAGGAAGCUGCCGAUGUUUGCAGUGAAAUAAAGGAGCCAGGGUCAGCUGCUAAGCGCCUCUUAGACCUAGCACAGGCAUAUGGUACCCGGCAGGCUCUGAGUGUAAUUGUAGUGCGACUAACUCCUCCACAAGAACUAUGUCAAAGCCAGUUACCGCUGUCCAGUUUGUCUCAGAUGAAAGUAAAAUCUACAACAAUAAAUUUAGCAGGUGAUUGUGAAAGUGUUACCGAAUCAAAUAAAGGAUUCUUAGAAGAAGAGGAGACUGGAAGUAGUCAAAGAGUGAAAUUUAAUAGUGCUAUUGACACUGUAGGUAAUCACAACAAACCUCGCCACAUAAAUGACCAGAUAAAAAAUAAAAGUAACUUGUUGAAUGUAGGAUUACAAGAAAACAAUAUUGAAGGAUCUGAUGUAAAUCAAAGUGUUCAAGAAUUAGACAGAUCUUCCCCAAGUGGUCAGAGUCAAAGUGAUUUUAGUGAACAUGGAGCAGAUAUUCAUAAACAUGAUAGAACUAUUAUAAAUGAAUCAAAAAUACAUGGUGAACCGACAGAAGACGUGUGGCAGAGUGUAGAAGAUAUUUAUGCAUAUCCAAAUAGAAGAAAGAAAGAAACUGGAAAGAAAAUGGAAACAGAAGCAAAACUAGUUUAUACAAAUGGCAAUGUAAGGAGAGCUGUUACAUACUACCACUACCCUCGACCUGACUCAUCACCAACAUUUUCUGAAAACCAUCUGAGAGGACAUCUGCAGAUGGGUCAAAAUGACCCACAGACAGGUGUUUUGGCCCCUCCUGCUGGCUUUGAUGAUAGUGCUAGUGACUCUGAAGGGAGUGAUAGUGGCUUGAGUGGUGUUAGUGGAGGACAGCACCACUCACACCAGAAAAAUCAUGCUAAAUCUGAAGAUGAUGCCCUUGACAAUGAUUCUGAACAGGUGACUGAGGAACAGUUUCGCAGUUGGGAAUAUCUUCUUGCCCGCAAUGCAAAAUUACUAUUUAUGCGUGAGUUAGACACCCUGAAACGAUCCAAUUCACGAUCCAGUCCCAUGCCAACUGCUUCUGCACCUGAUUUGGUUUUGGCUGCGGCUGCAGAAUCAGAACCAAGUGGCUACUUCCAGAGGAAUAAUGUGCGCAAGUCUCGACUGGGUAGAGGCACUUUUCGUAUGAUUCAAAAUAAACUAAGUGCCACAACUAAUAAGUUCAGCACUCUUCAAAGAUUCAGAAGUACAAGUUCCAAAAAUAAUAGUAAUUUUCAUCGAUUUGGAAGUCUACAGAACUUGAAAUAUUAUCAAGAGAAUCGACCACGGCCACCACACUAUCCUUUGGUACAACCAGAUUUGACUGCAGAGAUGCAAGAGCGACCUACAUUAGACUCCUUGGAACUGGAAACACGCAUGCAUCAUUAUUGGCACACUGGUGUUACCAAUUUUUGAUGCCAAGAGGUUUGUAGAAAUAAUAGGCAAGUACCUGUACACAUUUAAUCAGGCAGUAGAUUCCCUGAGAUAAUUACACGAAAGAACAAUAUUAUACCGAGUACAGUAUUUGGUUGUGUCAUUACAUAAAACUACUUGUAGGAAACAAAAUACUAUUCAGGCUGUGAGUUGGUUUUUACAGUGUUACCGAGUAUUGCCCGAGUUAAAGAUUAGUCUUCAUAUCAGUGACAGCGAUGCUGUACAUAGACUUGAAAGUUAAUUUUUUUCUGUAGUCAGUCAGCAUAGCACAAUCCAGUAAUAUGUUUGCUUUGUUAUGCUACCACUGUUGUGUAUUGGAUACGGUGAUUGAAUUCGAUUCUGCUCAUCCUGUCUAUUUAAUUAUGCAUAUUAAUGACUACUACUUCCCUAAAGUCAUACCCAUAUUAGUCUGUUCACUUAAACCUUGCAGCUGAGGCUUAGGAUCAGUUUGUAACAUGGCAAUUGAUUAUUUGGCAGACAGAGACCCAAAGAGUCACCACAGCUCUUAAGUAUUUAAUCUAUCGUAUUUAUAUUCUGUUUCUGUACAAUGUUUUAAGAGAGAAUAGCUUUUCUGUGUUACUCUCUGAUAAUUUUCACAUCUAGGAAAGUAAAAUUUAGCUUGUGAAACACACUGGUAACUUAAAAAUAAAAAGAACAAGAAAAAUAUUUCAAAAUUUCAGCGACAUCUUCCACUGAGCUGCGUGACGGCAUGCAGUGAGGUGGAGUUACAUCGUUAAAUUACUGUACAUCAUCAUGUUUGUGUUCUCUUCAAUAUAUAUAUGUUACUAGAAAGUUUCACAUGCUAAUUUUUGCUUCCCAUGUGCAGAAAUUAUCAGAGAUCAACACAGAAUAGUUAUUAUCAAUUAAAAUAUUUUAAUAUAAAUACAAUAGAUUAAAUACUAGAGAACUCUGUCUCUUCAGGUAUCUGUCUGCCAGCCAAUCAGCUGCCUUGCUACAAACUGACCUUAGGCCUCAGUUGAGUAGACUACAGUAUAGUACAGUGUGUAAAAUUGCUUGGAGUCUUUCAUAUUUAAAGACGGAUGAAAAGACCACAAUCUUUAAGACAGGAAGAACUUUGAGUGAUCAAAGGUUUUGCAAUAAAAUAAAUGGUUAUUUGUUACUAUUUUGUUUGCCAUUUGCAAAAAAUAUAUUAAAGCAGUUGAUUUUGUAAAUAAUUAGCAUUGCAAUUAAUUUCAUGUUCCAAUUAUAUUGAGAUAUUCAAGGAGAGGAGCGGAAGGAAUCUCUCAAUCCAGCCGAUUGAAGGUAGCACCAAUAUUUCUAACUUAUAGUUGGGUCGUAUUUUGGUUUUCAUUCUCAUUUAAUGACAUAAUCAUACCAGCACAAGCCUGAAUAAUUCAUUUUAGCCUAAAAUUUGAUCAUAUCAUCAUUGCUGUGUGGCAUGUCUAGUAGCCACUAACACCAUUAUUGUUAUGAAAAAAGUAAUGCUUCAUUGUCUGCAUAUUAGUGAAAUAUAGAGUUAAUGGUAGAUGCUGUGAUAUAUCAAUAGAAUGUGUAAAAUGAAAAAAAAAAUCACAAGAAAACUAUAGUGUGUUCACUCAAAGCUUGCAACUGAGGCCUAGGGUAUAUAUAAUCUAUCAUCUUUAUACUGUACAGUACAAUAAAGUAUUUUGAUAUUUUAAGGGAUAAUAACUUUUCUAUGUUGUUCUCUGAUAAUUUGCACACUUAGGGAAGCAAAAAUUAGCUAGUGAAAUGCUCUGAUAACAUAUCUUGAACAUAACAAGAAAAAGAGUACUGUAUGUACAAAAUUUCAACGACAUCCUGUACCACUCAGCGUGAUGUAGUUUACGCCCAGAAGUUGUUCAUGAUGUUCAUGUUCUCUUUAUGAUAUUUUUAUUACCAUUACAUUUCACAAGCUAAUUUUUGCUUUCUCAGUUGUGGAAAUUAUCUGAGAUCAACACAGAAAAUUAUUAUCCCUUAAAAUAUCAUAGCAAAUGCAGUACAAUACGGUAGAUCAAAUACCAAAGAACUGAAGUGGGUCUCCGGUAUCCGUAUGUCAACCAAUCAGCUGCCUUGCUGGAAGCUGACCCUAGGCCUCAGUCGCAAGCUUCGAGUGAGCAGACUAUAGUUUUUUCUAAGCACUAAUUAGAUACUACAUAAUUAAGUUUCUAUAGAAAAUUUAAAUCUUAUAAGAAAGAUAUUAUGUAAUGAUAAAAUUUUAAGAAAUACUGUAGUAAAACUGAUCCUUAUGCACUGAAAAGGAAAUAAACCAAAUAUGUGAUUUUA